CUCAUUCGCUACGCGCUCGUCGAACCGCCGAGACGUUCCAAAUCGCUGCCGCCCUCGUCGCGGGUGUGAGAAGUUACCUUCCAAAAAGAAACAUAAAUGUGUAAAAAUAUUGGGGAGAAAACCUGAUUUCUUAUAAAAGAGUUGCACUUUUAACCGCCGAUCUAAGCAGUUCUUAUCGAAUUGAGGUGGCGCCUGCAAACGAUUUUUACCACCAGCAUUUCCGUUUUACCCCUCGCGAUUGUUUGUGCUUUUGUGUUAUAAUAUGAUAUGAUAUGGAGUGAAUUAACCCAUCGUUCAGCCACCUAAGCGGUUUUCAUUGAGUGCACAUUCCGGAAUUUCAAUUACUUAGCCACUCGAUAGGAAAGGAGCGCACUUCAAGAUCUUCAUAGAAACCAACGACAACGAACUUUAAAGGGGCGUAGAAGGGGAACCCAGCGCCAAACUCCAAUUGCACCUCUCGGAUAUCCAACAGCAAUUGCAGACUAUAAUUUUGGGUCUGCCAGCCGCCGCAUUUCCAUAGGAUUUUGGUGGAAACUUGGGACUAACAAAGCGAAUUUCAAAUGUGAACCAAUCAUACAAUAAAAACGCGAAAAACCGAAAAUAGCGUGCAUGAAAAAAAGAUAUUGUGAAAACAACAAAAGAAACAUUAGGCAAAACUGUUUCCAAAGCCUUUUUGUAUUAUUUUUUGAAAGUGCAGUGAAAACGAAAUAUGAUUAAUUAGCAAUGCGGCAAAAUCAUUAAUGAAUAUUAAGUAAAACAUUUGAAAAAAACACGAGCAAAACGGGAAAAGCUUGCAUGUGGAGCAAAAUAGAGUUUGGCGCGCUUUCAAACGCCGGCGACUAAAGACGCGUUCGCGUUUUAACUUACCCAACAAGCGGAAGAGUGAUAGCCAAACUAAAAGCAAGUUCGUUGCAUAAAUUUCGCUGGCGGAGUGUGUGGUGUCCAUGUGAAAAUGGCCACUUCGGAUCAGAGCAGAAGGCCCCUGGAGCCGAUCUUCAUCGCCACCCCGCCGCCCACGCCCCUGCUGCACCUCCACAGCUCCAUAACGCGCACCACAACGCCCCGUGAAAUGCCCACCAUGUACCACUUCGAUUUUGCAACAAGCAGCACCACGGAUCCCGAGGCGGAAGAACCGAUGCGGGGCGCGGAGGAUGACCCGCUGCCCCCGCCGCCACUGACCUCCGGCUCGUCCCUUCCGGUGCCGGAGUACGUCCCGGAGCAGGCCAAGCAGCUGACCCCCUGCCCCUGCUGCAGCCGCACCUUCGUCGUAGACGCCCUGCGCAAGCACGUCGUCAUCUGCGAGAAGUCCUCCAAGAAGCGCAAGAUCUUCGACUCCUCGAGACAACGCCGCGAUGGAACCGCUCUGUCCACCUACGUGCUGCCCAAGAACUUUGGCCUCCCCAAUGCGGAACGCACUGCGGGAUUGCCCUCUCCUCCGACCACGAGUCGCGAGGCAAUGACCACAUCGGUGAAUGCUGCGCCACCAGAGCCGGUGAACUCACCUCAGCCAGUUCGUCGAAAGUCGCAGUCCGAAAUGGUUCGCUCUACUGCCCGCGCCUCUCUGCGCAAGGCGGCCUCCACACUCUCCUCCAACUCGGCGCCAGAGGCUCCAGCUGGGACACCUGCUGCUCCGGCUGCUCCCCUGGUCCGCGAGAGAUCGCUGGCCAGGCGGAUCAAGGCACCGGCCUGCGAUCGCUGUCCCCACUGCGAACGCACCUUCAAUCCAAAGGCCUUCGACCGCCACGUGGAGUGGUGCAAGGAGAAGGCCAUCCUGAACAACAUCAAGUCCACCAAUAGCCAGGAGACCAGCAAGGCUAAGGAGCGCCUGGAGGCCAGGAAGCAGUACAAGCCUCCCAAUCUGAAGACGAAGAGAUCUCUGGCCCGGGACAAGUACUCUGGAAACCACGAGGAGCUCCUGGAGGCGGGAGAGAUCGCGGCACCCAAGCCAAGUAUGAUGUCCCUUUCGAUGACCUCGUCCGUUCACAGUGACAACGGCCUGGGGGACAAAUACGAUCCCUUCCUCUCGGCCAAGCGACAGCUGGAGGAGCUCUGCUCGCCCAGCACGCCGCCGCCGGAGGAGGAGGUGACCGCCACCACCACAACUACAAACACUACCAUCAGAACACCAAAAACACCUACACCCAGUAUAGCUAUGACCACUUCUUUGACCACGUCGACGAUUAAGCCAGCGCAGAUUGCCCAGAAGACCACGCCGGCCUCCAAUUUCCGACGCACUUCAUCGCUUAGGGGUCCCCGUCGCACGCCCAUGCUAAACAGUCGCCCCCUGUUCGCCACUAACUAUCGCCCCACCAUUCAAAGGGGUCUCUCCGAUGAGGGUCCCAUCUCCACCAACUUCCUGAAACCCGAGGAGUUCGACGAGAUGCCAGUGAGGGCAGCCUGCGGCAAUGAUUUCCACAGUCCGCGGGUGGUCCGUCGGGAUACGAGUGCCUCCAACCGUAAGCAGCUGCUCAAGCUGCCAGUGGGCUCAGGGAGCAACGAACCGUCAUCCCAGGCCGGACGCAAUGUGGCCAAGACGGACUCCCUGGCCGUGUUUCUCAAGUACGAACACGAGCUGGAGCAGCUAAAUGCCAAGGCGGCGGAGCUGGCAGCCGCUAGUCAGUUGACCAGCAAGGAGCAGAAGGACAAGAGCAACACGCUGAGUAAGCAGAACUCGGCCAAGAGCCUGGGACAGAGCACCCCCACUCAGUUGCCUCCAUUGACUCCAACGACGGUGCCGAAAUCGCCAAGUGGUGUGGUCAAGGAGGUGGCCAGCUAUCCUCCGGUGGCCACUCCCUUGCGACUGGAGCCCAUUAGUAGUAAGCCAGUGAUGAACAUGAAUCCUCCAGCUCCUCUCACACCCAUAAAGCUGGAGAGCAUCUUUGGUCCCAGAAGGGAAACGGCUUUUGGCUCGGGAGGACCAGUUACAACAUCACUUCCAGGCGACUACAUAGAUCCCAAGCUGAUAAACGCCUGCGAUAAUCUGCAUGUCAACAGCGGCAUAUCCUCGGACGCCAGCUCCACGCCCCAGCAGUUGUCCCAGAGCCGCAGCCGGAGCAGCUCCCAGUCCACCAUCACCCACGAGCGCAGGCAAUCCGGCGAGGCCAGGAACCUGCUGAAGCGCAAGAUGCGACUGGGACGCAACCAGUUUCUGUACGACGCUUCCCCCGAAGAUGCGGACGCCUCCUCAGGCUGCUCGGCGGACGACGAGGCCAACCGCUCCUCCAUGGAGUACGACGAGCAGUGCUGGCAGCAGCAGCAGAAGCAGCUGCUGGCCAAUCCGCUGCCGCUGGUCAUGCCCAUGGUGCACAACGCCAUGCCCACCUUCGACGACUUCGACUUCGAGGAGUUCCUCUCCUCAUUCGAGAACGAGAAUGAGGACGAGCAAUUCCCGCUGUUCAAAGACUGUCGCGAGUUCCUCAUGAAUCGCUCGACGAGCAGACAACGCUCGUUCCAGAAAGCGACUUCGACGCCACAGACGACAGUCACAGCUACACAGCUCAACGCACAGCCACACGGUCUCCAGUCCAAGAUUAAAGACAAUCACCACGCCCACAGGUCUCAACAGGAUCCCAAGAUGCCCGAAGAGCGACUGCAGCGGCAGCAGUCGAAUGCCUCGAGGGUCAGCAGCCAGGAGGAGAAGCAGAGCCGCCUGGUGUUGGAGAAGCGGGCAGCCGCCGAGGAGCACCAGCAGAAGCGGGAGAUCUUCAUCAGCAUCGAGACGGAGACCAAUGCCCAGGGCCGCUCGCCCAUUUCGCCCGAGUCAUUGCGCCACAUGGUCGGCAACGCCCAGACGCCCAUCGAUGUGCUGCACAUUGAGAACGGAAACGAGCCGGAGCACGCCAGGUUCAGCAAGAUCAGCGACACGGAGGAUGCCGGCGACGAGCCCGGGGAUCGGGCCAGCCAGGCCACCAAUCGACUGGCCCCAUCCUCGAGCGGCUCCGCUUUGGCGCCUAACGUGCAGCUGAACAAUGCCAAGAACCUGAUUCAGCAGAUGCAAAGCGAUUUCCGGCAGAUGGGCGAGGAGGCCAGUGUCUCCAUGCGGCGCAUGCUCAUUGUGGGCAACAAUGGCGGACGAGGAGGCGAGGAGCUCAGGGAUGCAAACCCAGGGGGUCCGGGUCAGGGUCAGGGUCAGCAGCAGCAUCAUCAGGUUAAGGCCAACUCUCCACUGACGCCGUCGCCCUCGGCGGACUCGGAUGAGCUGAGCAGUCUGGAUGGCUAUCCCAUGUCCUCGUCGCACGGUUCCCGUCGCGGAGCAAGCUCCAAGCUAAGCUCGGAUUCGGCAUAUGGAAGUAGCAACUCACCCUAUAGCUUGUCGCGACAGCGCUCCACGGAACUUCAUACGGGGUCACCUCGUGGCCAGGGACUCCUGCGUCCGCAUACGGCCAGUGCCAAGCUGUCCGGCUGUAUGAUGGAUGCCUCCACGCAGGCCCAAACCGACUAUGGAACCCUAAAGGCUCGCCAGCGGCUCUUUGCCCCAGACUUUGGGAACAACAAUGGGGCAGGUUCCGAGUCCUGCAGCAGUGGAUCCGACCACUCCUUUGCGGCGCAGCCGAAUCCGCAACAGCAGCAGGAGACCUCCAACUACAACUACAAGCAGCAGCAGCAACAGGAGACCAGCAACUACAAAUACCAGCAGCAGCAGGAGCAGGAGCAGGCCCAAUCCCCACCAGCUUACAACAACAACAACGACAACAACAACAGUGUAUCGAUGACACCCACCACAUCUGAGCACUCCCUGAUGAGCAACUCAUCCACGAGCACAAGUAAAAAGAUGUCGAAUUUCUGCUAUGCAUGUGGCUCAAAGUUCAUCAUUAAGAGCGCCAACUAUUGCAUGGACUGCGGUGUUAAGCGGGUGAAACUAAAUCCUCGAAAUCGGAACACGGAACACUUUAACCCGGGAGAAACUCGCCCCCAAGACGAAGACGACUGCCUGGAUCGAUCUUAAGGGGUCUAAAAUAUAUACCAAAUGUAGUUGUUAAACGCAGCAGUUUACUGAUAUCGUUAACUCCGCUUACAAACAGAAAAAUAAUAUAUUUUUAAUACGAAUCUAAACAUGCAAAACAAAGGUUUUAUGUCGAACAAACUUUAAUUAAUCGAACUAAACUUGGCAUUUCUCUCGUAAACAUAUUUUCUCAACUUCGAUUGCUUAAAAAAAACGAAAAAGCGAACAAAAAACGCAACUCAACGUAAACAAAUAAACACUUUAACAAAGUUGUUGAUUAACAAAGACUGAACGAAUUUAAACGGUAGAGCGUUGAAAAAAAAAAUAUAUAUGGAUUAUGUAACG